AAACUUUCAAAAUGGCGACAAAGUCACAAAAAGACUGGGUUUCUCCUCACAAGGUAUCUCUUUUGAUUUUCAUCAAGCUUAUGGGCUCCACCGAUGAGGAAGACGAAGAAGAUUUAGAAUGUAUGAAAAGAUGCAGAUAUAAACUAUCCUUGCUUUUAUUGGAAUUGUUUGAGGUAUAGUACACGUAUAUGCAUGUAAUUCAUCUACCUUUGUAACUUUGUUAUGAGAGGUUGCUUGAUCUAACUAUCGCAGUGGUAAGUGUUAAUACUGUGCAACAAUUAUUUUUCGCUUUCAGACUCCAGAUUUGGAAUUAAACGAGUUGUGCAAGCGGCUUACUGCGGUGGAUGUUGGCCUUAAGGAUCUGCUUCUGAAAAGGUCAGACGACUUAAUUAAUUUAAUACAGUAAAUGGUUUGAACCCGGGGGUAACAUGUAAUAGUGUAGUUUGAUCGUCCGGGUGAGUGUAGUCCUGGGAAGAACUGUUGUCGGUAGUGGUGACUGACGUUUCGACAACCUGAGCGGAAGUCAUCAUCAGAGUCAAGUGAAAGGUUGUUGUCAGUCGAAUGAGUCAGUCGAACAUUAGUUCGAACAUUAGUUAUUUUUUAAUAAAGCUUCAUGCAGACGUGAGCUUGCGUUUUAUAGAUUCGUUUUUAAGGUGAGAUACUUGGCCUUAUUUUAUUCCUUAAGACUGUUUUUAGCUUGUAGAGCAUAAAUAUGUUGCAUUCACUUUCUAUGGCCCAAACGUAAGUAUGCAGAUUCUCCAUACUGUUCUCCAUACAUUUGUUAACCCUUUAACUCCCAAGAUCUGAUUGUCAAUUCUCCCCUCUAGCUGCUACACAUUUCCCUGUAACUUAGUUAUGAGAAUUUUGCGUUUGAUCAAGACAACAACCUGCACCUGAUAAGUUUGACAAUUCUCACUAUCUCUUUGCUGGAUAAGGUAUGGAUAUUAUAGGGAGAAGUUACAUGUCAAUCACUCCUGAGAGCUAAAAGGUUAAGGUGCUGACAUGGAGAAUAUGUUUAACAAUCAGAGAUUCUACCGUUUGGGAUCAUUUCCUUUAAUCUUGUUUCACCCUGGUAACAGAGGAAUCAAGGUAAAAGCAGGUUACAAUCAGAGGCUAUGCAGAGGGUCUUUUGUUCCUCCCACCCUUCCUUUACAAACAGAUAAUUGAAAAGGAUUUUUAUCAACUGAGUUGAUGAUAUAAGUUUCACUUGUUUCACCCUGGUAACAGAGGAAAAGAAGCUGUCUGUCAAAAGCAGACAUUUCAAGAGUUUGCCCUUUAGAUACAUAUAAACAUACAUACAGCCCACAAGUCCUCCAUUUUCUUUGAGGAAGGGCUAAUGCUGAAAAAAAAAUCAGCUUUGAAACUUGUUAUAGUGACCACUUUACAUAAUUAUUUAUCAACUGAGGUGAUAAAGCCUUGCUAUACUCCUCCAGCUUUGCAGCACCACCCACAGUUUAUUUAGAAACUUACCCUCUACCCUCUUUAUUCAUGGCUCCUAUACACAGCCCUUUCUGAGUUGUAGUUAAGUGUUUUCAUCAUUUUCUUAAGUUCUCCCAGUUGUUUACAAGUGUAUGAACAAGGAACUGGUUUUAUUUCGUACUUUUCAGUCUAUAUUGAAAGUGACUUUAUCAUGACUUAACCCCUUAACUCCCAAGAUCUCAUUAGUCUGUCAUACAAUUCAUAUGAUGCUAGUUUGGAGAAUUUGGAAUUGGAUCAACCAAUAAUACCCUAAUUGAUAUUUUUCUUUAUUCUCAUUACUUGUCUACUCGAUAUUGUACUGACAGUGUGGGGAGAAAUUCUGUUUCAGUCAUUGGUGGGACUUAAAGAGUAAAAAUUUUUAUACUAUACUACAAUUUUAUUCACUAUGAUGACUUAACCUUUUUAACAAUAUUCCAACUCUGCUUUAUACCAUGUAGCUUACAAAACUGUGUGAAGACUGGAGUGUCUGGCCUUUCAGAAUUCUUUCAGUCACUGGAGGACCUGUUAACUGGACAAGAGCCUGCUUUGCAUAAGAAGAGCCUGUUUGGUAUGUGUUGUGCUUAAAAAUUGAAAUUGGUACAUUUGAUGUCAAUGAUAGAAUUUUGAGAGUCAAGAUCUAUCACAGGCUAUAGUGAGAAAUGUAACUGGUACAGAGAAAAAAAAAUGUGAUCUUAUUAAAUUUAAGAAUCACUGUAUUUCUUUAAAUUUAUUCCCUAUUUUAUUCAUCCAAGAUAAUUUCAGUUUAUGAUAACUAUUUGACUUUGACCUGAAGGUCUUUUCACAAGACGAAUGACUUUAUCAUUUAACAAGAUGACAUUUGGUCAAGUGAGUCAUUUUGUGGAUCAGAUGAAAGUUUAUAUGGGGAUGGAAACAUUUAAACAUAAUGCAGACAAGGAGGCAUUGGAUACCAGUUUAGAUGUUAGCAUGCAGAGUACAGAAACUGAAGAUGAAGGAAAAGUUAUCAGCAUGUCUAGGUUAGCUAACUGGUUUUGGUGUUUCGGAUCAUGUGUACUGUAGGUGGCCUUGGUCGACAUGUCAGCUGAUACAUCGGUGGAUAUAUCGGUCGACUGUCAAGGUACUUGUCGACUGACUAUCGGUCGACAGUCAACCGACUAUUGGUUGAUAGUCAACCGAUAUUUGACCCAUACUUGACCGAUACUUCACUGGCAGUUAAUCACUACAUACUGGCCAAUGCAUCGGCCGUCAGUCGGUUGAUAUAUCGGUCGACUAUCGGUCGACUAUCGGUCGACUAUGGGUCGACUAUCGGUCGACUAUCGGUCGACUAUCGGUCGACUAUCGGUCGACUAUCGGUCGACUAUCGGUCGACUAUCGGUCGACUAUCGGUCGACUAUCGGUCGACUAUCGGUCGACUAUCGGUCGACUAUCGGUCGACUAUCGGUCGACUAUCGGUCGACUAUCGGUCGACUAUCGGUCGACUAUCGGUCGACUAUUGACCGACUAUCUACUGAUUAUCAGUCGAUAGUCAACCGAUACAUUGAGGAUACUGAGCUGUUUUAAGAUUGCAACUGAUGCAGUGCAGAAAAGUUUUUAGAAGUUACUGUAAUAAUUUUGCCAUUUUCAAAACAUUUCUAGCAUUUUAGAUUCUAGUUUCUGAUAUACAUCUUGUAUAAUCUAGGAGUUGUAUUUACCUGCACAAGAAAUGGGAAUGACACACUACAAGAGCAUAUUACACAUUUAUAUUUUAUUUACUGGUUCAGUUUGUGUCAGUGAUGAAAUGAUAGAGUAGUCCCUAAGUCAGAAUAGACAUGUCUAAAACUUCUUAUCUUUAGCCAUGCUUAUUAGACUAGUAUACUAUUUACUUAAUGAAUAAGGAUGUGUAAUUUCCUGGAUGCUUUUAGAAAUCCUGUCCUCCAUGGUCCAGUUACAAACAGGCAAGCAGAGUUUUUUCUGGCUAAUCAGGUAACAUAAUACAUUUUUUGUCACUUAGCCUUUGAUGGAAAAUGGAGAUCCAUUAGUUGAAUUUUGUAAAUUAUAUAUAAACUAGUAAAUUGGAAAUCUCAAAUUGAUGAAACAUUCAGGGGUGAUAAAUUCAAAUGAUUAAUAGAUUUCUUUGGUGCAGUUAGGCCAAUGGAACAUACAAUUUAUUCGUCACAAAAUUACCAAUUGAGUUUACAAUAUCUCAAAUAUGAAAAAAAAGGCAAGGUUAGCAAAGCUGUUAGUGAAGUGUUUGUUAAAAGAUGAAUUUUGAGAUGUUUAUGAAAUAUGUCUUUUCAGUUAGUAAGAGGGAAUCCAUAUUAGGGCUGCAUGGGUUUCAUGUGUAUUUGUUGUGGUUAAACCUCAUUUGGAUUUUUAAUUAUAAAAAUUUUUUGGGGGUUUAAAUUUUAUUGACUUUUAUUAGUGUUUAGGCUUUUUGCUUGUACAAUCAAUUGAAAGGCUCAGAGCAAGAACGAUCCCUUUAUUUUUCAGCCAUUUUUGAAAGUGUUCAGAACUACUUCUGAACACUUUCAAAAAUGGCCGAAAAAUCAAGGGAUCGUUCUUGCUCUGAGCCCUCCAAUUGAAAAUAAACUUUCAACCAGGGAUAAAAUUGAAUCACAACACUUACUACUGUACAAUACAUAAUAAUAAGUAAACUGCAAUAAAAGUUAUGUUUUUUUCAGAUUCUAGAUGUUUGUGGGGCAUUUGAGCAUAGGGAAAGGGAUUAUUACCCACCACAAGUCACAUUUAUUUUUUUCUUUUUCGAGGUGUCUCUGAUACAGACCACUGAACAAGAAGCCCUAUCACCCCCUGAAUUGCAGUUAAGGAUAGCAGAUAUUUUAACAGCUUCUCCUGACAUUGCUGAGACUGUAAGUCUUUCAUGUUCAUCUAUAAACCUUUUAAAGAAACAAUAGAGACAGAACUACAGCUCUGGAGUUGUAGUUAGAUCCUUUACUAGGUAAGCUACUUGUUGGUGAGCCAGUCCUCAUGAUGGGUUCAUAAUUUUGUUAGAUGUGUCUUGCAUACUCAUAUUUUUUUAUCAUGAGCAAGAUCCUUAGAACUGAUUAUAAAACAGUUGGUAAAAUCAAAUAAUUAUGUGUUUCUCCAUCAACAGCACUAUGCAACUUUUCUUAACUGUCUAAGAGCCAAGGAAUUUAAGGGAGCACUUGACAGUCUCUAUCAUUAUUUUGAUCAACAACAAUGGCACAAGGAGUCAGCCAUAAAAAUAGCCUCAAGUUCGGAAGGAACAGAGCCUGAGAGGUGCCACAGAUUCAGAUAUGCUGCCUUGAACCUGGCUGCACUUCACUGCCAAUUUGGUCACAGGUAUGUAGACUGGGGUAUCAUGUAACACAGAUUUGAUAUAUUGUAAGUGUCAGUCAUGUGGAAGACUUUCUGUGGUCAUGUUGCAUCUGGAAAUAAUUUAGCCAACCCUCCUCUGCUGUCAAUUCUUGUGAAAACUCUUUUCAGUCCUUUUUGAACCUACAAUAUAGUCUCCUACUGAGUGUACAGGAGAAGCAUUUGGUUAGAGGGAGGACUAAUUAUUGGGGCAAUGGACUCUGGAUUGAGAAAGAGAUAGUUCAAGACCUUGGGUGCAAUGCUGCUGUCAUUGUGCCUAUCCACCUUGGAGUAUUAACCCUUUUUCCCACAAAUAUCUAAAUAGUAAUUAUUUGUAGCCUCUCCAUAUAUUGCUUAUGAUUUUAGUUCUGAGAACUUGAUGUUUAAUCAAGGAGUAUCACCUUGUUGGUGUUUUUCUUUCUUCCCUUGACCUCUCUGCUUAAAAAAUUAUGGUUACCGUAAGAAGAAAUUGAUUGUUGGUCACUCCUGGGAGUGAGAGGAUCAAUAAGUUAACCUCCAGCAAAAUGCUUGGGGCAGCCUGAGAUAAAGUAGCAUCCCAUCCAGAGAAAGAGAAUGGAGAUACACCCAGACACUCAAUGCUACAGAAACUGGGAUACGCCUCAGUCUGUAGCUAUGUGAUCAUGAGUCAGGCUUGUUUUUAUACUUAUCAUGUAAGGCUAUUAAACAAAUUAAUGUAAUGAACAGAACCCUUGGAACAAACGUUCACAUUAGACUUUCUAUAUCUGUAAGGAUGGUUAAAUAUUGUAACUAUUUAGUGAGAUAAUUGGAAUUCCAAACUGUUUUUCAGGGAAGAAGCACUGGCAGCUUUGAAGGAAGCCAUUCAAAUUGCACAGGAAACCAAUGAUCAUGUUUGUUUGGAGCAUUGUUUGGCAAGUUACAUUUCACCAUUGUUUAGUUCUGUUCAGUAAUAUUAUUAAAGCCAAAAAUCAAGCAGUUUAUUUGCCAAAUGUCUACUGACUACAUAGUAAAAAUCAUGGUUCAAAGCUUGGGUUUGUAGGAACAUUCAAAUUUUCUAUAUAGAAAAGAAAGUUUUUCAUACAAUGUUGUAUACUAGACUUUUGACAGGAGUAUGAUUUUCAGUAUUAUAAUACUUUUUUUGUUUCAUGAAAUAUGAUGAUUUCUGGCUUCUUCAGGGAUGGCUCUAUCGGUUAGAAAUGGAUGGCAGUUCUCAAGCAAAGCUUUUGUUGGACAGAUUUGUUGCAAGGGCUGCUGAGCUCAAAAUUCCUGUAAGUAGAAUUAGGGUGUAUUUUGGAAUUAUUUUUCAUCCUUUGUCUUGAAGUGGUAUAUACCUCCCAGUUUAUAAAAUUAUAUUGAAGAAAUGCUAUGUGAAAUACAACUUACAGAAAGUCAUAGAAAAGGAGAACCAGUCUUUCUUAUGCAUUCAGAGACACAAAGUUACUUUUAAUUAGAUCUUUGAGAAACACCAGCAUUGAGACUUGUGUUUCAUCCUUUGUCUUGAAGUGGUAUAUACCUCCCAGUUUAUAAAAUUAUAUUGAAGAAAUGCUAUGUGAAAUACAACUUACAGAAAGUCAUAGAAAAGGAGAACCAGUCUCUCUUAUGCAUUCAGAGACACAAAGUUACUUUUAAUUAGAUCUUUGAGAAACACCAGCAUUGAGACUUGUGUUUCAUCCUUUGUCUUGAAGUGGUAUAUACCUCCCAGUUUAUAAAAUUAUAUUGAAGAAAUGCUAUGUGAAAUACAACUUACAGAAAGUCAUAGAAAAGGAGAACCAGUCUCUCUUAUGCAUUCAGAGACACAAAGUUACUUUUAAUUAGAUCUUUGAGAAACACCAGCAUUGAGACUUGUGUUAAAAAAAAAUGCAUUUUGAGAUUCCUAUACACUUAGGUAUAUUGUUGGUUGUGUUUGCUUUGUAUUUCUUAAAUGUAUACUUGACCUUAUUUGUGUUUUAUCACUUUUAUUGUUCAGUACUUGACUUCUCUUGGAAUGUUGAAUCACUGUCAGUAUGAUGCCAUGGCUGGAGUACCACCUCCUAAGUAAGAUAUGGCAUUAUGUAAUUUUAGGUGUUAGAAUUUGGGAUGUGCAUGACAAUGACUUUAAACUUGGCUUUAAGCUUCAAGAAUAAUUUUAUCUUUUUUUGUGGAUGUGGAGAUUUUUCUUGAGAUACUUUAAGCAUCUGUAAAUAAAAUAAGAAAGAUGGUAUGUUUUGAACUUGUAAAGAAACAGGGAAAGAUCAAAGCUUUGCAUUUAUCUCAAGGUCUGAGGUUUGAUUCCCACACUUGUGACAAGACAAAAUAUGUCUUUCUCUAUUAAAGCAUCUGGACUUUCAAAUUGCAAUCUGCACUAUUUUCUGAAAUUGCUUUAAAACCUGGAAAAUUUUUUACCUCAUUGAUAUUUUUGAUUUCAUGUACAAAAAAAUCAAGACAUACAAUAUCAAAGCUUUGUAUUUAAUAUGUACAUCACUUUUUUUUUCAUCAGAGUUCUACAAAACCUUACCCAAAUCAAUAUCAUCAACUCUCAGAAGGCAUUAGGUGACUUGAACUCUGCAGCACAUGUCCAACAGGCAGCUAUUUGGCAGAUCUAUGGUAAAAAGUAAGUUUUACUCAGUUAUAUUAAAAGUUUCUAUCUCACAGGAUAUGUACCCUGAGAGGUUUUGGCAUCCACUACUUGCAAGGAUCUACUUUUCAAAACUCAUUUAAUUAACUUCUUUUUAAAACUCUGUUGGCAGUACGGGAAAGUUACUUGAAAUUGCAAUAUUUACCUUGGGUUUAGAGAAGGGUUAGUUUGAGUUUUUUAUAGAAUAGAUUCUUUAACUGAGUGCCACCUGUUCAUGGACCACUUUUGGCUUUAGGAUAGUUUUAUUGCUCUGUCAUAUACAGCCCUCAUAGGGGGUGGGGAUUUGCAUCUGAUGUUUUUCAGUAAAAGCAGGUGUGGGGCACUAAAGGUCAUAUGAUACAUACCAAUAAGAGAAUGCCAAAAUGCACCAAUAGAAGCUAACUAUCAUGUUAUAUGUCAUAUAGCAAUGCCUAGGCAUUCAACCUCAUUACCUGAGAAAGUACCUUGACUCUACAGUUGAGAGUAACCCUUGACAACUAAACUUUAAUUGAUAAUCUUAACCUUCAUGAACAAACACGUCUUGUCAUUCUCUUUGUUGAUACUCUCAUUUUCUUUUUUCAGUUGUAUUGCAAGUAUCUUCACCCAGUUUGCACUUCAUCAAAAUGCUUCAGCCAGCAGUGACUUAAUGACAUCUGUUAGUAGAGGUGCAGCUGGUAUACAAAGUGCAGAGGCUACAUGUCUGUCACUGUGUAGUCUUGCAGAACAACAUGCUGACAGAGUAAGCUAUACUGAAGAGAUUUUUAUAAAAUUUCCCUUUUUAACUGUGUCAACAACUGCAAGCUAAGUGGAGGUUGGGUACCUGAGACAUCCAGAAGCUUCCACCAUUAGCAGCCAGCUCCUAGAUGGAGACUGCUCUUAUGGCUGGAAAGGGAAACAAGCACCCAUCACACUGAAUAAACAGUGGAAAGAGGGAGGGAUGGGGUGGGGGAAACUGCCUGGAAAAAGCUGCCAACCUGAACAAGGCUGAAAGUUCAUGCUCAAAGCACAUGCGAGGAAAAAAAGAGCCAAAGAUAAGGAAACAUUUAUAUUUGAUACCCAUUUACUACUACAGAGGAAACUUAUUCAUGUUGAGAUGGCCUUCCAAUAAUUUCUUCAGAUAAUUUUCAUGGGGGCUCUGUGACAUCUGGAAAAGGCUUUUGGACUAUUGACCUUUGGCUCUCUCCUAGUAUAGAGCAAGGUCCUCUAUACAACUAUGUGAAUGUUUAGUGCUUGAAAAAUAGCCAGCCAACAAACAGGCAAUUAUUUGCACAACAACCAAAAUGUCAUAGUAAGUCAUCCACUGACAGGUAAAAAGCAGCUAAAAUAUUCCAUAUGUGCUCUUCCAAUUACCUUUUUUUUUCAAACAAAAUGAAGAAAGUACUGAAAUUUUAGUUAACCUCAUAACCCAUCUGUUUGUUGUUGCAGGGAAUGUUUCAAGAGGCCUCAGAUAUCCUAUCAUUUUGCAGAACAAAGUUUCCUGAACAUUCUAGGUUAUCUCAGGUGAGCAGAAUCUCGUCAAAUUGCUGAUAGUAAAAUUAGCUCGUAUUGUUCAAUAAAGCACUCAAAGAUCAGAAUGGUUGUUAGUCUUUGAAACUUCACGCUUGAAGCCCAAAAUUUAAGAUUGAGAAUCUUUGGUCUUUUUUCCAUCAGUGAUAUCAUUUUAACAGCAAGACCAACAAGAAAUUGGAGUGCAAAACUUUUCAUUUCUACACCUUCCUCUUUUAUGUCUUUUCUCUGUAAUUGUGUGAACAGCUAUGGAUGACAACAGGAGCUAUCAUAGAUCACAAUAAAGCUUUACUUCAAGGUAACAUGGAGAGAGCAAAAGCAUGUGUUGAACAAUUAGCAGCGCUAGAUGAACCUGAGGCCGAGUAUAGGUAAAUAAGUUUUAGUUAAUUAUUGCACUUGCCACAGGGCUGUUUUUAGGGAGUAUAUCAUACACUGAGGGAAUACGGUUUUUUCCUCUCACUUAUCGCGCGUUAAAGUUCUCACUUUUGACUUCCAAAGAUCUGAAUACUUACUUUUGUUCUCCCUUCUCACUGCAACAUGAUUCCUCUGGCUGAAACUUUUGUCUGUUAUCUUCAAGUUUUUGAUGGAUCACGUACUGAUAAUUUAUGGUUAAGUUUCAUCCGUGUUUAAGUUAUAGUAAACCUGUGGAAGAGAAACUUCCUUUUAGCUACAUGAAUGAGUCCGUUUACGAGCGUAAGGGGCCUCUGGAAAUUAGACAUUUUAGGAGCUUUUACAUUUUGCUGAAAUCCCAACAAUCUGAAUUUUUUUUCUUGCUAAAACUGUUUUAAGCCUGCGGCCUCGGUAGAUCAUUGAACUGCUCGGCACUGACACGUCACGUUCGUGUGGGACAACUGAGAAUCACUUUCUGACAGCAUAGGAAAGUGAAUUGUCAUUUUUGGCAGGAGAGCAAGGGCACAAACUGUGCUUGAGGAGAAUCAUGAUUAUUGGAAUCAAAACACAGUGUGACGGACGGUACAACUUCUGAGUAUUGUAGGCAGUUAUUUACAGAUCACCUGAGAGCCCCUGGCCAGUAAAAAGAAGAAAAAUGAAUUAGGCCAUGAUAAAAGUUAUCUUUCUCUCUUUUAGGUCCGCUUUGAAUUUGCUUCACUUAGGAGACUACACCACAGCAUUUCCUAGGUUAGAGAAGCUACUUGAAAGCUCAAGGUAACAAUAUACAUGAAACUUACACAACCUGCUGUAAAGAGGAUAGUUGAAAGUGUUACAUCUCUAAGCGGGGACUUACUGGUAAUUUUCAGGGGUCAUGUCAUAGACAAGAAGAAUUUAUUUCACAAUCAAAAGAAGAAUUUUUUAUCCACAACCCAUAAAAGCAAUGUUGCCGUUAACUUGGUGAUCAUCUCCGUUUUCGGGCCAUCCUAAGGGAAGUUUAACCCAUAUCAUUCUUCAUUUGAUUUAAAGCAAUGAAACGUCAGCUUUAGAAACUUUUUGCGGUGGGCAUUUUAUAUUAACAACUCAGUAAAGUAAAUGGUUUGAACCCAGGAGUAUCAGUAGUUCGUAUAGUGUGAUCGUCCGGGUGAGUCACCAACAACAGAACUACACUCACCCGGACGAUCACACUAUACGAACUAUUAACAACUCAGUUGAUAAAACCAAAUUAUCUUGUUAUACCCCAACUAUGCAGCAACACAGUUUCUUUAGGAACUUACCCCCUUUAUUCUAAGUAUAAGUUUUUACAUUUAAAUGCGACUUCUUUGAUUUUUGAAAAUCCUUUUGACUCACAAAAUGAUGGUUUAUAUGUUUGGCUUAUUCCAGAGACAAGGUGUUCCUAAAUGAUGAGAAGAAAUCAGCUGCUGAAUACAAAGCAAGGUAUUGUGAGAUAUUCCUUUUCAAGAGCCAUGAUGACCUUGGUAGAAUUUAAAUGUAAACUCAAAGAAGCAGUCUAUGUAAAUUGUCAAUUGAGCCAGAAACAUUUUUUUAACUUUGCCCUUUAAUCAACCUCCGGCUCCCUCCUUCUCUGGUUCCGCCGGGUUUCCAACGGUUUCAUGCAAUUUUGGACGUUUCCGUGCAAUUUGGAACUAUUUGCUACACUUUUAGCUAGACAUUGAUCUUGAUCAUUAGUGUCUUAAUUUACGUAUUUGGAAUGCUUGACUUGUUAAUGAGCUGUUACUGAAAUAUCGUUUUUGAACCACUCCAAUGUCAUGCUCUCUUCAUGUACUCAAGACUGUUACAAACUUCUUAAUCAUACAUGAACAGUGUGCUUAUCACCAAACAACCGCACCUACCACAGUUUGACCAGUUCCCGGUAAUGAGCAUUCAUGUCUGUAUUGUUUUCAUUUACCCUCAGAAUUCUUUUAGCCCUAACGCAGCUCUUUUUGUUGCUGAGUGACCCAGUAUCUGCAUUGCCUCACGCUCUUGACUGCUUGACCACCUCAUGCUCACACUACAUGGACAACUCCGCUGCUUUAGCCUCACUUUACAUUGCACAAAUCCAGGUAUAUGACUUACAAUGGCGAGAAAACUAUUAAUUGUAUUACAAGGUAUUUUCUUGUUGUUAAACUUAGAUAUUGAUACAAGUUGAGUCUUGGUUUAAUUCGGAUUCAGUUUUCAGUGCGCCAAAGGAGCGUUCAAGAGAAAAGCUUUGUUCAAUUUUGGAUGCAUCCGUUCGGCAUACGCGUUUUUUUCGUUUGUAUUCGUGAAUGUAAUGCAUUGCAUUAGUUACUUAGACAACUAUUAAAGGUAUAUAUGUUUUGAGGUGGGUUAAAACCUCCUUUGGAACAAGUUCGCUUACGGUUGCACGUCCACAAACUCUUGAGUAGUAACAGAGCUCAAAGUGAAGAGACGAUCUUUAGCACGGGAAAACGCGAAUAAUUUAGUUUCAAUUUUGCAUUCUAUUGUUUGUGAGAACAGUACAAUCAUUUCUUGAUCAAUCACAAUCUAGUAGCGCAAACAAAUUCUUUAUAUACUCAAUAAAAAUUAGUUUUAUGGUAUUAUCGAACAUCAUAAACUGUCAUCAUUCACUCUAACUGUAGCAGUAACGUAAAACACCACACUGUCUCUUUCAGCUAUCUUUAGGUUUACCAGAAAAAGCUGUGGCUCUGAUCAAGAGAACCAUGGUUCAGAUCUUAUCACAUGGUGAGUUGAGAGCUCUUGAAAUGUAAAUUCCCACACGCAUGUCAAUGUGAGGAGGAGGCGUGGUGGCCUAGUGGUCAGUGCGCUGGACUCCGGGUCGAGAGAUCUGGGUUUGAGACCUGGCUGGGUCAAUGUGUUGUGUUCUAGAGCUAAGCAUGUUACUGUCACAGUGCCCCUCUCCACACAGGAGUAUAAAUGGGUACUAGCAAAUUGCCAGGGAAGCAAUUACUGGGGGUAACCUUGCAAAGGAUUUGCAUCCCAUCCAUGGAGGAGUAGUGAUACUCUUCGUCUCUCCAUGCAAAGGAAACCGGAAUAAGCUCCGGCUGGGUGGUGGGUGGGCCACUAAACUUAAAUACAGACUUAACUUACGUUUUACCAUGACAGUGUCAGGUACUUAAAAAUGAACAUUCAAAGAUUAAAGGUUUCUGUCAUUUUUGCAAGAGCUCAAAAAUAACUGAUUGUAGGCAUGCAGCGUAAAAAUGUCACCCGAAUUACAACCCAAGAAUUACUGGAUCACAAUCAUCUCCAACGAAGUUAUGUUUUCUUUGUAAAGUGAUUCAGUUUACAAAUUGCAGUCAUUCACAUGACAAAGCAAUGUUACGUCGGUCAUUCCUUAUCCCCAGGUUCUUUGUACGUGCAGUGCUGUGCUCGGUUUUUGUUGGUCAAGUGUCAGCUGACUGCCUCAUCGCAAAAUCAGGAUAAGAGCCGCCGUGAAACUGGUAACUAGAGCAACGAGAAUAGUAUUUUAUCGAAUAAUGCAUAAUGUCGCACUCGCAGUAGUAAUUUAUCCUGGGUAGUGUCGAUGAAGGAUGUUAACAAAGUCCUCUUUAAUAAGUUCCGGGUUUCGAACAAGGAAUUUGUUUAAAAAAAAUUGACGUAGGAGUUUUGGUUGAUCGAAGAGAAAUUUGCACCCGCGAAACCGGCUCCCGCGAAACCUUGCGAGUGAAAUUAUGGCGCGGGCAUUUUACUUUAAAAAUGGUGCGAAUUCCCCUUGUACUGGUGGCAGGAAAACAGCGCACAAAGAAGCUGGAAACCAAAAACAAUGGACUGUUUACGGUGAAUUUAAGGGACACGAGCAAAUUAGGAUGUCUGAAGGACGUUAAAUAUUGUAUUCCAUAUUUUUCUUGGUUUAUUCUCUACAUUUUUUUCAUUUCUCACACCAAUUGUAUUUGGGUGUCGUAAUGUAUUCGUAUUUAGCUUUCAUCCUGGUGGGCUUUUACAGCUUUUAAAAAGCAGAAGGAGGAGAAUGGGGGGGUGGGGGGGGGGGUGGGGCUGGUGUAGCUUCUUCCAUGGGUGCUUUUUAAUUACCUCUGUUGCAACAGUAAAGCCAAUAGACAGCUGUCGCUAUUGUAAGAGUGCUGUCGUGUCCUCGUUUACUCGAUAACGUCCGUGAUACCUUAAAAAUGUUGCUAGUGUCUUGAAACGCAUUGCAACUCAAGUCAGAAAGAAAAGUUACUUAGUUGUUUCUUUAUUCAUUAGACUUGCGUUCUGCUUUGCCGACGCUGGAAAGGAUCGUGAAAGGAUUUAGGAAGUUAGGGGCUGCCGACAAAACCAGAGAUGUCUUAUACUUUCAGGUGACAAUUAAGCCAAGAGUCGCGUCUGAUGAUUUAGGGUCAUAAAUUAAAGCCAUAAAAAGUUUUGGAUAAUACGGAACCAAUGAGAACAAAGAAAACACGUGACCGACCUCGCGCUUAGAGGAACAUGAGCAACCACCAUGCGAUGGUGUUUAGCUUUGCAUCUGAUUGGUUGAGAGAGCGGCUCGAGCUUGAAGACCAACGACAGGGCCAUGUAAAGGCAAAACCAAAGCCAUUCCAGGUUACUUACGGAAUUUGAUUUAAAAUGUGUGUACUAGUCGGCGCGGUGUUUUAGGGAAGUUUGCUAUGGCGAAGAUGGGUGUCUCUUUCCUACUUCCGCAUGAAAACCACGUCAAAAGGUUUUUACACUUAACUCGGCGUCUUCUAUUCUAGCUAUCUUCUAAAGAAGGCCCCAGAGCCUCAGAUUGUUUGUAACUUACUCAUUGACAGGAGACAAAGAACAGGGAGCUCUUUCUGGGGACUAGUCCCUGCUCAACUUUUUCUUGGCAUUUACUACUUAAAAUGACCGUUUUUCACUUUUCUUAGGCGAGGAUAUACGAUGAGCUGGGUUUCACCAUCGAGAGAAAUGCCUCUGCAGCUGAGUGCUGUGAAAUCAUCCAAAGACAACCAGCAUACAGCGCCCGGUCUUCACUGUUUGUUUUAUAAGUAGAUAUUGUUUUAGCGGUUGAGAAAGCAUAGCAAUGAAUUGCAAGCUUGGUGUUGUUAAGGAAUUGUCUGCUGGACAAAUAAACAAGGAAACAGUGUUUUCAUUAAAGAGGGAAAUUUAGUUUAAUAUUAUCCCUGGAAUAAUAG